CAAAAGUAUCAGAAGAAGUAGCCCUUGCGCAUGAUUUCCGGGGUAUCCGAUAUCUGUACUUAUCCUGAAUGUCGACCCCAGAAGUCCAGAUUCCAUCCAGAGCACACGACACAACACACACUCGACAAAGCAAAUAUUGCGCCCAGCAUAGCAGACGCCUCAUAAAGCGCCCCCUUGGAUAUAUCACAUCUCUAUCAACCUUAUUUCAAGUGUCAAUUUACACAUACAAGAUCCGAUUCAUCGAUCAAGACAUAUUCAAUGGAAACCGAACAUCAGCCUCACAACCAUGUGCACGACCUCUCCGGGUGUUGUCCGGUAAAGGGACCCCAAGAGUACACGACACACCAACGCCUACCCCUAGAUCGCGGUCUUCAAUGGGGAUCCGACCCGAACUUCUGCUUCCACGGCUUUUCCUGUCCGAUUGGAAGCUGGACCGAAGAACGACUCGUCAGAAACGCGAUGCGCAACAUGGCCUACAUGGCCAGCAGCGUCAAAGCAGAGUUCAACCUUGACUUUAAUAUUACGGACUACAUCAACGAUCACAGAUCAGAAGCGACGGACGUGGUCAGAUUGAAUGGGUUCGAUGUAUCGAACGACCAGCGCAGCCCCACACCGCCAUCCACGGCUUCACCGUCGAGCGUCUCGAGUCCCGAAAAACAAGAGGCAGAUUCACAGCCGCCGAGUAAGAAACGGAAGUGUGUGCAGAAGCCCGGGCAGAGAUUGUGUCAUUGUCGUUCGGAGAAGAAGAGGAGGGAGGCUGUUAGCCAGGGAUAUCGGGAUCUGUCGCUAGUAGUGCCAGGGCUCGAAAGUCAGAAUUUUACAAGGAAAUAUGUUCUGAAUUUGACGGCGCGCUACCUGGAGCAACUUUUGGAUGGCAAUGAGGCCUUGAAGCGGCAGUUGGGAGAAUUGAAAAAUCAAGAAGAGAAGGAUGAAGGGCAACCAUUCAUAAGUUCUGAGUUAGAGGCAUGAGUUGUGUGGCAGGGUUGUCAAAAUUUACGAUUUAUACGACACGGAGUUGUACGGAAGGACUGUGUGAUAUGGGAU